ACAACGACACCGCCCGCACAACAACACACACACAUUACAACCACCUCCACCACAACAACCCGCUCUCUCUCUGCUUCCUCCUGCAGCUGCUUGCCGCUCCCACCGCUCAUCAUGUCGCAGGUCCACGCCAUGUCCGACGACCAGGUCGCCGGCGAGCUCAAGAAGAUGACGGCCUUCAUCCGUCAAGAGGCUCUCGAGAAGGCCAAGGAGAUCCAGAUCAAGGCCGACGAGGAGUUUGCCAUCGAAAAGUCCAAGCUGGUGCGCCAAGAGACGCAGUCCAUCGACCAGCAGUACGAGAAGAAGUUCAAGCAGGCCAGCAUGUCGCAGCAAAUCACCCGCUCCACCGUCGCCAACAAGUCCCGGCUGCGCAUCCUGUCGGCGCGCCAGGAGCUGCUCGACAGCCUGUUUGAGAAGGCUCGCAACCAGCUCAGCGACGCCGUCGGCGAUGAGUCCAAGUACCAGGAAAUCAUCAAGAACCUCAUCCUCGAGGGCCUUUACGUCCUCAACGAGCCUAAGGCCGUGAUCCGGGCGCGCCAGGCCGACUACGAUGUCGUCAACAAGGCCAUUGCCGACGCCGAGGCCGAGUACAAGGAGAAGACGGACAAGGAGGUCAAGCUGGAGAUUGACGAGGCCAACCCGCAGCCCGAGGGAUCGGCUGGUGGCGUGUCCAUCGUGGGUGGAAACGGCAAGAUUGACAUCAACAACACGUUCGAGGAGCGGUUAAGGAUGCUGGAGGAGGAUGCGCUGCCGGUCAUUAGGGUGACGCUGUUUGGCGAGAACCCGAACCGCAAGUUCAAGGACUAGAGGGAGACGGGGGAUGAUAUGUUUUUGUUACGACGUCAAUGGCUCGGCCUGUGUACGAUACAUUGUGCAUCAGUCAAUGUUCAAUUCAGCCAGGCAUAGUUUGGGUUGAUGUAGCGAUUUUUUCGGGUCAAUAUAGAUUUUAUCGUUCC